CGACGUGUCAGAUCCAAUAUCCGUUGUUUCCACAUGUAAACAUUCCACUGACUUACGUCCGCUUUACACUUCAACUUGACCUCCUAGCCUCGGCGUCGGUGAUGCUUUCGUGGUUGCUGACGUUGCUUGCACUGGCGUUCGUGGCCACGCUUGCCGUGUCCCAAGUUACGGUGUCGACCAACGAUCCAUUCCGUGCCAUCGUUAUCAAACACCGCGCACUCCAUCCUGAGCCGCCUUUGUGCUGUCUAAAGCCUUUACCCUCUGCAGACCCACCAGAAGGUCCAGAAGAUAUCUUACUGUCGUUUGAAGAAUGGAAGUCUAAACAGCUUCACGCUCACUCGCAGACAGCGUCCCAGGCAACCACAACAGAGGCAUCCGAGAGAACUACAUCUGACACUUCUCGAGAUACCGAGACGCCGUCGCCCGUAGACACGCAUGCGACCGCCCCAGAACCCUCUUUCCCGCAGGACAGCUUACCACCUCAUUUUAGGGUGCCAAUCACGGACAGGUUCAACUUUGCCAACAUGGACUGCUCUGCCCGAGUACACAUGGCACAUCGGUCAGCCAAAUCCGCGUCUUCCAUUCUUUCGGAGAAGAAGGACAAGUACAUGCUUUCCCCGUGUACAUCGAAAAAUGGGGGGGACCAAUUCGUGGUGGUCGAAUUGUGUGACGACAUCCGGAUAGAUACCGUGCAACUUGCCAACUUCGAGUUCUUCAGUGGGGUGUUCAAGGAUUUUACCGUUCGAGUGGCCAAGACUUACCCCGCGACGGAUGACGGAUGGACAUUUGCUGGAACGUACCGCGGCAAGAACAUCAGGGGCGUACAGUCAUUCCAUCCACCUACUUCGUUGCGUGACUUCUAUCGGUAUAUCCGAAUCGACUUCCAUUCAUAUUACGGGCACGAAUACUACUGUCCUAUCUCUCUUCUGCGCGUGUACGGUCUGACUCACCUGGAGCAAUGGAAGUGGGUUAUGUGGGAAGCAGAGAGUCGUGCACGACUGGAGGAACAAGGGCUUUUGAUCGCCGAAGUUACUCCUGCUAGUUCGAACUCGAUACAGCGACCUCCCACCGACAUGAAUACGUUCGUGGACAUACUCGAGUCGGGUUCUGUGAAUGCGAGUGAAAUCAUGAGCGGCGGAAAUUUCUCGUCCCCCCAGGAAGGUGGUGUGAUGGGCUUGUCCAACAGCUCCUCCACCAUGCAAGCUCCACACGGCGGGACAUCUCCUACAUCUUCAGCAACCCCUCCCGCUGCUCAUGGGUCCCCAGAAUCCACCCCUUUAGGCGAGUAUUCACAGGCAACAUCGCAUGUCAUGUCUUCUUCCUUGGCCGAAGUCAUCUCGUCCAUAGCAUCUAUGAUGUCCCACGAGACCCCAUUCGCAACGUCACUCAAUCAACCUACUAGCGAGCAUAUAAGUACGCGUGUUUCGGAGUCGCAAUCAUCGCGCACACUCUCAACGCAUGCCUCUGUAACGCCCGCUGCGUCUAAUUCGCGUUCAUAUACCAGCGUACACUCUCCCGCUCCUAGCGGCGAGUCCAUAUUUGGUACUAUCAUGAACAAGUUAACCGCGCUAGAGGCAAACCAUACGUUAUACGCACGAUAUGUGGAGGAACAGAUUACCGGAGUGAGGGAGGUACUCAGGAAGUUGGGGGAGGAAGUGGGGAGAUUAGAAAGCAUUGAGCAAAUGCAAUCCCAGAUGUAUCUGCGCACAGUACAGGAGUGGGAAAGGCAGAGACUGCGGCUGGAGCUCGAGCAUAGCGAGCUGCUCUCGCGAGUCAAUCAUCUGGCUGAUGAGGUUGUCCUUGAAAAGCGUCUCGGAAUUGCACAACUGUGUCUGCUCCUGGCAGUGCUUGUGUUCAUGGGAUUCACGAGAGGUGCUCCGUACGUCGAGCAAUCUCAGGCGGACUUCAACCGCUCCGCCCGCCAGUGGGGUACGCGGCCGCUAAGUCUCGGAAGCAACAAGGAACUUAGAGGGUGGAAUCCCCUGAGACUGAGAAGUCUCAGUCCGACCGUGCAACGCAAUGGCGCCGAGAAGAUGCCGAGUGCGUCUAUUCUCUUUGGCAGACGCCUUUGGACUCAUCUGACGACAGGUUCGGAGGCACGGAUGGCGUUCCCUUCCUCAACAUCCCAAAGACAACCUUCGUUCAUUGACUUGACCCCUCGUCAUCUCCCAAGGGAAUCUGUAUCUUCGUCCACGAGUUCCCUGCACAAACAUUUUCACGGACACCAUUCAACUCGAACGCCAACACGACAUAGGCAAGUGCUUUCUGUCGACCCGCGUUCGAUUCCACAAGUUUUACCCAUUGCCAAAUCCAAUUCAUCCACCGCCUCUCCCCACCCAACCCCUCGAUCAACUAAGCGGUUAGCACGUACUGCACACCUUCACGAAGUCAAGCUGUUCCGUCACAGGCGCGGCAGCGGGGCGGGAAUCACGAGACGACUGGAACGACGAGGCAAUGAAGAAAAUGAACAUGAUGACGAUGUGUUUCGUGUCGGCACUCCACCUUCAUCUCAACCAAAUACAUCUCAUCUUGGGCGCCGCGGCCCGUUCCGCCCGUUGUUUCCGACAGUUCGCUCGGAAGACGAUAAGGAGACAGACGGAUGGAUAGAUACUGAUAUGGAUGGUUCUGAAGUUACAUCUGACACUGCUCCCUAUGACAGCACUUAGGCUGCACUAGACGUCAUACCGUUUUCCUUAUGGGUUAGUUUGAUUUUCUAUGACCAAUGACAAUGCGCCUGAGAACAUCUUCGCCUGGCACUGUCGCAAGCAUAAUGUGAGUUGAUCGGAGAGGGGAAGCUUUUACACCAAUGUUGUCAUGCCUGACGU